AUGGCACUUUUAUACCAAGCUCAUGAGGAAAAACAUCACCUUCCAGGUAUGUUCGGUAGCCUUGAUUGCACCCAUUUCGUUUGGCGAUAUUGUCCGACAGAGUAUCGAGGCCAAUUUACGCUAGGAGAUCACCGAUACCCGACUGUUAUGCUCGACGCGGUUGCUUCUCAAGACUUAUGGUUUUGGCAUGCUUUUGCCGGUCCACCGGGUUCUCAAAACGAUAUCAAUGUGCUACAACAAUCUCCUUUAUUUUUAACGGAACGAAAUGGAACCGCGCCAAAAUGUCCAUUUUAUGUUAACAACCAUUUAUACAAACGCGGUUAUUUGCUUGUGGAUGGAAUCUACCCUUCGUGGUUCGUGUUUGUGAAGUCGAUCCCUUACCCUCACGAAGUAGACCGAAAGAAAUUCAAGAGGCAACAUGAGGUGGCAAGAAAAGAUGUCGAACGAGCUUUUGGUAUUUUGAAGGCGAAGUGGGGUGUAUUGAGUCGACCGAUGCGAGCAAUAUCCGCCAAAAAGUUAGGAGUGUCGUGUACACGUGUAUUAUUUUACACAACAUGA